AUACGCGUAAAGCCAGUCAGCCGGAGUUAGCAACACAGUGUGUGCAUUGUUUUCGCGCUGUGUGUUCAGCGGCACGUCACGGUGCAUCAUCGCAGUCGAAUGAUACAUAACGCGAGGCGACGCGAGACGACCCCGUUGCUGCAUAAAAUGGAAAUUGUGACCACGACGGUGACACAGCCGUGAGGAUGUAUUGUUCGCUCGGAAGAUGUUUUUGCAGGAGGGACGCGGUAAGAGCUCUAAGUACCGGCGAGGUCUCCACCGCGCUGAGGCCGUUUUAUUUCACCGUUCAUCCCGAUCUGUUCGGCCAAUAUCCUACGCAGAGAACAGUAAAUGAGAACUCUUUGAAACAACUGAGCUCAAUCUUAGAAACACUUCAACAAAAGCAACCCAUACGGCCGACCAUUUUGCCUUUUUACUUGCGCUCGAAAGAUGAGAAAGAAGUGAGAGCCGGUAAAUUUACGCUUGUGAAGAUACAACUGAAGGAAAGAGAUCUGAGGCAAGCCAUACUGUCUAUCUUGAAAGCAUGCGAUCUACCCACCACGUUUAUCGACAAAAUCCAGGAGCAAAAGCCUCCACUUUCAAAGUACAAAUCCAAAUACUGGCAACAUACACAUUUUGGAGAGAGAUUGGACUUCUCUGAGUUGGAGGAUGACCCUGUUUACGCCUCAAUUAUUAUGAAACAAAAGAUUAAUAUAGAACCAGACACAUUGAAAGCAUAUUUGGACAAGCACAUCAACGAGGUGCACGUUAAACUGGAGGCAUGUAGACCAAUGAGAGAAGAGGUGGAGAAACUGCAAAAGGUACUAUGCAAUGACUUGGGAUUGAAGGAUAUCAUAUGGGACUGUGGCUGGAACAUCGCUCAUUAUCGUGGCUGUUUGCUGGCUUUCCAAGCUUUGGCCGAACACCAUCCGGAACCAAUGGAGAUGCUGAAGAAUCGGACCCUCGUAUUUGCAAACGACACCGGCAUCAGUCUGGAGGGCAACGUUAUGCUAAAUUCCGGCGAAGUCAGACACAAUUGGCUCGACCUAAUAAAGAACGUAAGAAAGCACGACGUUGUGUUGUUGAAAUUACCAGCGUUUGAGAAGGCAGUGUCCCAAGUGCUCCUCGAUAUUAAAGUCGGUCGACGGGUACUCUAUAUGUGCAGGAAAUUCAUGCCUAAAGUAAUGGUCGGCCAAUAUGAGCAACAACUCCGACAGCUCACGACUACGCUCUCGGAUUACCGUGGUAGGAGAAAAUACCCGAAUUCUUGGCCGGCCAGUUUAUCGGCCUACGAGAUCGUCAUAGAAGCUGAAGCGGGCCCUCUGAUGUUGUCGCCGACUGGGCAGUUCAUUGUGCCAUCAUCGUGUCCAAGCUUCCUUUUAGUGAAUUUUGUUACUGAAAAUUUAGAGGAAGCCACAAAGAGAUUACAGCAUUAUAAUAACAUAAAGCACGUAGAACGGGAACUUCAUCGCAAGACCAUCAGGGAACUAGGUUUAGCUGCUCUCAAUAAGGACGAUAGCAUUACGCCGGACUUAAUGAUACAAUGUUGCGAACGAUUACUUUUGCACAAGAAGGACCUGGCACCAUCUCUGGAGGGCGUUAUGCUCUGGGUUACUCAUUAUUAUUCAGUUAUGAGCGAUGGUGUUCUCUGCGUGCCAUGGGACUGGAAAUUUUAAUUUUCAAGGGAAGAGAAAUACGUUAUAAUGAUUAUUGUUAAGCAAUUAGUGUGUAAACUUAUCGCCAUUCAUUGUGACAAUGCAAACGUUUUAUAAGUUUCGAUUUUCAAAAUAUGUAUAAAUGAUAUUGAUGUAUAAAUGA